AUGUAUCGUUGUCUUGCUGGUCUGCAAUGGAGUACAAGUAGAAUAUUGCGCUUAGUUAGAAAAGUAGCAGUACCAAUUCCUACUGGUAAUGUAUAUGCUAUAAAUGAUGCACUGUCAGCUGAGGGUGCAGCGGAUGAUUAUGAGACCUGUCUCAAGCAUUUGGUUAAAAAUAAAAUAAUAGAUCAAUCUGACAGUAGUGGGUUCCCGAAAUUUGAUCUUAUGCUAUUGGGUAUGGGCCCCGAUGGGCACGUGGCUUCUUUAUUUCCUGGACAUCCACUUUGCCAGGAAAAUGAGAAGUGGGUUACAUUCAUUAAGAACUCGCCAAAACCCCCUCCUGAAAGGAUUUCUUUCACCUUUCCAGUCAUAAACUCCUCAGCAAAUAUAGCACUUGUUGUAGCGGGAGCUGGUAAAGCAGACGUAGUGCAUGCAGCACUUGGUGAUGGUUCAAAUUCUGACAAAUUGCCUGUGCAAAUGGUUUCACCAGAAGGGGAAUUGACAUGGUUUUUGGACGAGGGAGCAGCUUCAAAACUGUAUGCCUGAAGUAGUUUUUCAGUGAUCAGUCAACGAAGUAUGUUUUGUGUCAACUGAGAUGUUAAGCUAUCAUGUAAUGUACUUGGAAGAUUUUGUAAUUGUCCAAUAAUAGUUUUGUGGUGUGAUGUUUCUUCUUCUUCUGUACUUGCUGCAAAGGACAAUGGAAGUUCAAAUUUUUAUUUUACUCUCAUCUCUUAGCUUUC